AUGCAAAGUGGACAGCACUUACUGUGGAGGAAGAUGCAGUCAGAAGAUGACGAGGAGGAGGAGGAUGUGAAACCCUUAAAUAUGUCUGGAAGGCGUUCUGCCCCUGGAGAUGAUAGCAAGGUUCUGCAGAAAAAAGUAAAACUUGCUGCUGCUAAAGAUAUUGAGGACGACGAUGAUGAGGAGGAGGAUGAUGAAGAGUACCGCAAGCAUGUCAAACUCGAGGCCUGUGGGCCAUAUGCAGCCCACAACGAAUAUUUUUGUGGCCCAGCCAAUGCAACGCCCUUUGUAUUUAGCAUGUCUCUAUCGAAAUCAAGUAGUAGCAAAAAUAAACGAAAAAUUGCUGAUGAACAUCGAAAUUUCCAAGAAAAGUGGGAAUUGGAGUAUUUUUGCUGUGAAGUAAAAAAUAAAAUAAUCUGCUUGAUAUGUAAUAAUGCUAUUAGUGUACCAAAGUUAUACAACAUUAAUCGUCACUAUGAACAACAUAAAUCAAAAUAUGAUCAUUACGAGGGAUUAAUGAGACAAGAAAAGUUGAAAGAGCUCAAGUUGGGACUGAAUAAACAACAGUUCAUGGUCACUAAAGUAUCUCAAGAAAGUGAAGCAGCGGUGCAUGCAAGCUACGUCUUGUCCGAGUUGAUAGCUAAACACUCGAAACCUUUUACUGAAGGUGGUUUCAUCAAGGAAUGUCUAAUUAAAGCUGCAGAAAUUAUUUGUCCUGGAAAUGUGAAGUCUUUUCAAAGAAUCUCUUUGUCUCGAAAUACAGUUGCAGAAAGAGUUACUGAUUUGGCCGACAAUUUAAGUAUUCAGAUCAAAGAAAAAUCAUCUAGUUUUGAAGCUUUCUCCAUUGCCUGUGAUGAGAGUACCGAUAUUGGAGGCGUUGCUCAGUUAGCUGUGUUUCUUCGCGCUUGUGACACAGAUUUCAACAUUUUUGAGGAAUUGUUGGAACUGGUACCGAUGCAUAACACUAGUACAGGACAAGAUAUAUUUAACUGUGUUUUUAAGCUUCUGCAAAAAUACAAUCUACCUCUCUCAAAAUUAACUUCUGUAGCUACAGAUGGAGCUCCUUCAAUGACCGGAAACAAUGGUUUUGUGGAAUUACUGCAAAAAAAACAAAGUGAAAUUUAUGACGGAUCCAAGAUUCAUCAUACACAUUGCAUUAUACAUCAAGAAGUAUUGUGUGCGAAAGUAAUAAACAUGGAAAAUGUGUUGACAUCUAUCAAAAAAAUUAUCAAUUUCCUAAAAUCUCGAAGUUUAAAUCAGCGACAGUUCUCUGCUUUCUUAAGUGAAUUGGACAGUGAAUAUUCCAGCUUGUCCUACUAUACUGAGGUACGUUGGCUAUCCUGUUCUAAGGUUCUUAAACAAUUCUGGGACUUGAAAGAAGAAAUAUGUCAGUUCUUAAUAACUAAAAAUCAAGACACAAGCCUGUUUUUUGACACAACAUGGUUGCAGGAUUUAUCCUUCAUGGUUGAUAUAACAAAACACUUAUAUGAUUUAAACUUAAAACUGCAAGAGAGAGAUCAGAUUAUUACAAACAUGUGUGACCAAGUCAAAGCAUUCAAAUGUAAGCUAGUUCUUUGGGAAAAGCAGUUGAAAAAUGAAGAUUUAACACAUUUUCCAACAUGCAACAUGAACAAAUCAAGUUUAGGUGAAUCUGCAUCGUAUCAAAAAUACGCAGAAAAAAUUUUAAGCCUUAGAACUGAAUUUGAAACAAGGUUUGCAGAUUUUAAAUUUUUAGAGGACAAGUUUUCUUUGUUUUCUUCGAUUUUUUCAAUAAAUAUAGACUUAGUACCUAGUGAAAUGCAAAUGGAGGUAAUUGAGAUCCAGUGCGAUUCAAAUUUGAAGGCAAAAUUCAGUGAAGUUGGCGUGCCUGAGUUUUACAAAUAUUUACCUGCCAGGUUUGAAAAUACUCGAAAAUUUGCGUAUGAGAUUAUUUCCAUGUUUGGAAGUACUUAUCUGUGUGAGCAGUUAUUUACAAUUAUGAAAGGAAAUAAGUCUCCGGUCAGAUCCAGAAUUAGUGAUGUUCACCUUGGGUCAGUUUUGAAAGUAAUCACUGCGAACAAGAUUUCCCCUGAAGUAGGGAAGAUAGUAGCAGAGAAAAGAUGCCAAGUGUCAGGAAGAAAACAUUAA